AUGAAAAAGCUGAAACGAAGACUGUCGGCGGCGUUCCGUCCGGGAAGCAACAACAACGUGAGCAUCACCAGCUCUGGAGGCUCUUAUUACGAUUCAGAUUGUGAAGCACGAAACAACAUUGUUAUCGGCUACGGUAUGAUGUCGGCACCACUUCACGGACGAACGUGGACACUUUCCGAGUCGAUGAGCCAUUUAUCAGAUAAAAACGGAGCAAUUAUGGAGGAGUGUGUGAUCGAUCCGACGGCGUUGCUUCGUGUUUCGAGGGGAGGAACUGCCGGUAGACGAUACGAUACGAAUGUCAACUACAUCAAUGGAAUGCACGUCCCUCCUCCACGAACGCACAGUCUCUACUACCCCCGUGGAUACAACAACUCGAGUCGAAAUUCCUACUACGGAUCCAAUAGACGAAAUUUCCAUGAGCACAUUUUGAUACUUCUAGUGCUCUUGUGCAUGAGCGCGUACUCUCCGGCCGAUUCGACCGCCGAGGCGCGUCUUUUAUCAGGCUCGGACCCUAUCUCGGAUACUGAAAACCUACUAGAUCUCGCGUAUGAAGUUGGUGUCAGCGGCUCGUCAGACAACACACGAUAUGAUAGUAGAGAGAGCGAAAAUGACGAUGACGAUGUUGGAUGGGAGAGGGAGAUUACUGCAAACAAAAGAAUGUGCAAAUCGGCGACGUUCCAUGAUUUUUGUGACGAUUCUGAAUAUUCGAGACGACCAGUGACAACACUUCCAGAAGAGGAUUUUGAUGAAGAGGAUGAAGAUGAGUUUGAAGACGCAAGUGACCGAAGAGAGUUAGAUGACUAUGAGGAAGAGGAAGAAGAAGAGGAUGAUGACGAUGAAAUAGUCGUGGAAGAGGAAGAAAUCGCUGCAGAUGAUAUAGAAGAGCAAGAAGAAGAAGAAAAAGAAGUAUCUCAUGUUCCUAACGGUGUUUCUUCUCAAACAACACCUUCUGUAGAGGAAACAAAGAAAGGAAAGAAUAAGAAGAGAAAAGCAGAGGAUGGAAUGAGGAAAAUGAAAAAGAGUAGCACAUUUGCCUCGUUCCUAAACAUGUUCGUAUCCAGAAGACGUUCCGGAAGAGAUUCUGGAGUUCGUGAUGGCGAGAGGCUCAUGUCUCGCAGCACGUGUAUGUUGCGACCCAGCAUUUCUUUGUCGGUCGUCCAAGAAUCGAUGAUUUUAGGAUCGGAUGGAGGGAGUGUCGAGGUUUCGCCGUGCACUUCAGACCAAACGCCGACUGGUGUGCCUCCGAGAUACAUAGUCAACGUUAAAAUGCGACAGAAGCCAGCAAGAAAAUGGAGUGAGGAAGAAAUUCAAAAGCGACUCUCACUUCCGGCCGAUUUGCGUCUUCCGGUCGCAGUCGUCGACAAACUGAACCGAACACCGACAUUGGAUCAACCACUGACAAGAAAGAAUCGAAGAGCAUCUCUGAGUGAAAUUGGGUUUGGAAAGCUGGAGACGUACGAGAAAUUGGAGAAACUUGGAGAGGGGACGUAUGCUACAGUAUUCCGUGGUCGAUCCAUUCUGACUAAUAAAUUUGUGGCGUUAAAGGAAAUACGAUUGGAACAAGAAGAGGGCGCACCAUGCACGGCGAUUCGAGAAGUUUCGCUUCUGAGAAAUCUACGACACGCGAAUGUGGUCACUCUACACGAUAUCAUUCACACAGAUCGGUUAUUAACACUUGUAUUUGAAUAUGUUGAUCGGGAUCUCAAGCAAUAUAUGGAUUCAUGUAAUAAUGCGAUGCAAAUGAACAAUAUCCGUUUAUUCCUCUUCCAACUGUUACGAGGUCUUGCCUACUGCCAUCAACGACGUGUACUUCAUCGUGAUCUCAAACCACAAAACCUACUGAUAACUGCAAAAGGAGAACUGAAGCUUGCCGAUUUCGGACUGGCACGUGCAAAGUCCGUACCGACGAAAACGUACUCGAACGAAGUGGUUACGCUCUGGUAUCGGCCGCCCGACGUGCUUCUCGGCUCCACUGAUUAUUCGACGCAUAUCGAUAUGUGGGGUGUCGGGUGUAUUCUGUUCGAGAUGAUUGCCGGACGAGCUCUCUUCCCCGGAGGAACUCCUACAGAGCAAUUAGGCCUUAUUUUCAGGACACUCGGAUCUCCUCGACCGGAUCGUCAUCCUACGAUCUGCGAGAAGCCAACAUUUUAUCCUUAUGCGAAUCGGCACUACAAUCCCGAACCGCUGUGUCGUCAGAUUCCAAGGAUAGAUGCUCAUGGAUUCGAGUUGUUGAUGAAGUUCUUGCAAUACGAAGGGAAGGAUCGAGUGUCAGCUGCUGAAGCUCUGAAACAUCCGUUCUUAAGGACAAUAGCUGUUAAGUGUUGUCAUCUACGCGAUGAGCAAUCAGUUCUAGACGCUGAAGGUGUUCAUAUUGAAAGAGAGCUUCUCGCAUCAGAUCAUCAUCAUUCCCGUCGUCAUCAUCGUGGAACUCUUGUCAAAGAGAAGUAUAGAAUGCAUUCCAGUCAUCAUACAUAG